AAAAAUAAACCUGUCCUGUCAAGUCCAAUGAAAACAAGGAAAUGCUCCAAGCAAAAACCAUCAAAAUCACUUGAAUACGGGUAUAUAAAUGCAAGUAACUUAAUUAUUUUAAUUUAGGGAACUAAAAAAUUUCGGCUGUUUGAAAUAAUCUAAAAGUGCCAUUAUGUAUGGAGUUGAAUAUGAAGGAGCAGCUGAAAAUCUAUCGCUGUAAGGUGUCAAAAGUAUGUAUUUUUUUUUAGAUUCGUAUGAGAAGUAAGAAGAGAUAAGAGACUAAUUAACGCCAGAAUUAAAUUUGAUAUUGAAAUAUAAAGGAAUCUUGGAAAUGCUAUUAGUUUUCCCUAAGAAACGUAACCGAAUACGUUUAGGGUAUCCCACAAAUGGGCAAUUGCCUCACCUGCUUCAAGGAGCCUCCCGCUGCGCCCCAAGACAUACCAAACUGCCAUAAGGAGGAUAUGCCAGAAGUGAGAUUAUAUGCUGCCCCAAGUCACAUACCAGCUUCUGCUCCACCAGAUCAGACUAUAAUAAGUAACGGAAAUCAUCUUAGUUUAACUCCUGUAUCUCCAAUUUCGGGAGACUCUCCUGCUUCAGUUGUUGGAAGAUUUUACCCACUGCAAAGUAGAAAGCCACACUCAAAAUCUGCACCCAUAAUGGGACUAUCGGACAGCAAACAGGCAUCAGAAACUAAACUGAAUGCUCUCUUCAACACAUACAAAGAUGAAAAUGAAGAUUCUAUCUUGGCUGAAGGAAUUGAACAGUUGUGUAAAGAUUUACAGAUACCCCCUGAAGACUAUAAAAUUCUAGUGUUAGCAUGGAAAUUGAAUGCGGAGCAGAUGUGCCGAUUCACCAGAGAGGAGUUUGUGACGGGCCUCAAAUCCAUCAGGUCCGACUCCAUAAAAUCGAUACAGAAUCGCCUGCCGGAGAUAGUGCAAGAGGUGGAUCGUAGUUCGGAACUGUUUAAAGAUCUCUAUCGUUUUACCUUCAAGUUCGGACUGGAUACGGCAGCGGGACAAAGAAUCCUACCGACUGACAUGGCUGUGGUUUUGUGGCAACUUGUGUUUUCCAGGAAGGAACCUCCGAUCCUCAAGCGUUGGCUGGAAUUCUUGGAGAUGCAUCAGAAUAUCGUCCGAGGUAUACCGAGAGAUACCUGGAACAUGUUCUUGAAUUUCAGUGAGACGAUUGGGGAAGAACUGAGCUCGUACGACGACACCGAGGCGUGGCCGAGCCUUUUUGACGAUUUUGUCGAGUAUGAGAACGACAAGAUGAAUCAGAACAUUGCAAAGGACAACAAAGAACUCGGGGGCAUACUCCGGGAAGAUUUCAACGUAAACGACUGAACUUUCGAUGUGCAUCGUGAUUUUUCGCCUAUUUUGUGUUAUCGGUGAUGUUAACUGGGUGUGGUUUGUGAGUUGGAAUUAUAUCAGGGGUUGAAGUUAUAAAACCGGCAUAUAUAAAUACGUAAUUUCUAUGAUGAUUGUUUUUUGAACACAUUCGGUAAAAAAAUCAUAAUCGAAACAAAUUUUAUAAUAAAUUUUCUUGGGGAAGAACAACCACAAAUAAAUAAAAUUCUAAAUAUAAUAUUCAAAAUAAUCAUUUCACUUUGUUGUUAUAUUAAAUCAAGACAGAAAUAUACAGGGUGUAAAAUAAGCGUUAUUUUUGGAAUAUUUUAUUUGGAUGACAAUGUUUUUGAGAUAUCGGACGUUGAAUUCUGAAUGAAUAAUUUUUUUUAUUUUCUUUUUCAAGUAUUACCCUUGAAAUACUUCCAAAACAAAACAAUGAUACCCUGUUACGCAAUCAAGAACUUCUAGAUAAAAAUUUAAAUAUGUUUCCUGUUAUUUUUUUACUGUGGUAAACGAUGUUAUAUCUAAAAUAAAUGUUUACUUUCAAAUGUUAAAAGAUAUACUGAGCGAAUAUCUCAAAAUGCGGCAAUUUCUCAGGGAAAAUUUCGCCCUUAGACUUAGUU